AUAUGCCCCCGCCGUAGCAUAGAUACUGAGAUACCUACACAUUUUCAACGCCAGCCGCCUGAAAAGUGAAAACAAACCAGGCCAGUGCAAAACUAAACUCAAGUAAAACAUAAAGGAAAAUAAGUUAGAAAAUCGAGAACUGAAAGUUCUUGAAUUUCUCGGUUAAUUCCCUGGCAUAGUUUUGAUCAAAAUACGACGCACAAUCUGCACAGAGACAAUGUCGACGCUGCCAUUCCUGUUGAGCGUUGCUGACGAGCUGGACAACAUCCAUACGCAAUCGUAUCUAGAUGACUUUGGUCUGGGCUUCCAUCCGCAUCGUCAAUAUUAUCGCACGCCAACUAUACAGCUAUCGCUGCCGGCCAGCACGGACUGGACUGGACGCACCGAUUGGCAGGGACGACAUGCGCGCUUUCGCAGCUACAAGUUCUACGAUGAUUCGCAGAACAAUCUCGAGGAGGAGCAGGACCAGGAACAGGAGGCGGAGCAGCAGCAGCAGCAGCAGCAGAGCCUGCAGCACGAAUUGCAGCUGGAACAUAGGGAGCACAACAAAGAUCACCACCAGCAGCAGCAAACCCAUCCACAGCAGCAGCAACAACAACAACAAGCUCACACUGCCAACAUGGUCAAGUCGAACUCACAUGAUGUGGGCGUAGGUGGGCUGGGUCUUAAUCUGAAGGCCGGCGAGGAGGAGGAUGAUGAGAACAUCGAUCGUACUGUGCGCAUGUAUAAUCUGUCCAAGAAGUGCUGCAAGAAUUACUAUCGCCAUGCCCUCGAGAUGGAUGGACUUGGCGCCAGUGGCCGGAGCAAGUGCAGCAAUGCGCGUGCCGAGUGCUAUCAUUCUGGCUCCAGUUCCGAGGAGAGCCUGCAGAAGGUGCCAUCGCCCAUAGAGUUUCUCACCUGUUUUCUAGUCAAGAAGACACGGGCACCCAAAUGCUCGAGCCAUGCUCCAGCUGCCGGCCGUGCGGCAGUUGGGCAGCUCAAGAAGACAUAGAACGCGGCCGCGUUGCUGCCAGCAGCAACAGCCACAACAACAAUAAUAACAACAACAGCAACAACAACAGCAUCCGGCUCGAUGACAUCGACGUCGGCGUCGAAGCGUCGGAGCAACUGCUUCUGAAUGUUGGCCAAAGUCGGUGUGCUCUGCGGCCAGGCCUGGAGUUGGCUGCAGCGUUGCGGCGAGCUGCCUAGCUCGGAGCCAACGACGUUGCCUGCAACGCGUCUGGGACGCAUUACCUAUUAGGCGUCUCAAUUGCAGGGGGCGUGGCACACACGACUCACACACACACACACACACAAACACGCACACACGGGCACACAGCAAUUAGCAUUGAAAUUGUUUUAAAGUGCACAGGAAUUUGCAUAAGGAUUCGUGCUGCGGCUUUAUUUUUCAGCUAAGGGACAAAGGCCAAAAUAAAAACA